CCGUUUUAUUAGUGAGAAAAAACCCUGGGUAACAAAAAAUUGCAAUCGACACUUUUUUAUAAACACGUGUUCAAAAGGGUUUCGGGAGCGCAUCGUCACUUAUACUCAACGCGGCUGUUGGAUGAAUUGCAUGGAGGAGAUGGUGUGGAGAUUGCAGACCAUCAUCUCGAGCAAACAAACCAUGUCGACGAUAGAAGAAACUCAAAUGCAAACAACGGAUGCAACAGAUUAUCAACGUGAUGAAUUGCAUACCGCCUUGCAUGAAAGAUUAGUACAAACGGGUGAAUGGCAUAGGAUAAUGGCUUCCUUGAGAGCAUCUUUGGAUGAAUCUGGCUGGUCAGCAUCUUUACGUGAACAGGCACAAUCACAAGCAGCACAGCAGCAGAAUCUAAGCUUACCCGAUCUUAUCGAAGAACUAACACCAUUUGCAGAGAAAACCAUCCCUCUUCAAGUCAGAGAACAAAUCACAGCCGUUCUACAUGAUUUCGUCGCUCGCAAUGUAGAAGAUGCAUAACUAGCCAAAUCUUCUCUCUACUAAUCGCUGUAUUUGUAUCGGACUGAUAUAGUAUAUAAAAGCAUACAUUGAAAC